UCUCUCUCCCCCCUCUCUCUCUCUCAGUUCUUCACACAGAGGCUGUCUGAUUUCUUUGUGAUCACACCUCAUCACUCCUCUGAUCGAUAUCGGUCAUCGGUUCAGGAUGAAGCUGAUCCGCGGACGCUCCCUUACGUUUCUUCUCCUCCUCUUCAUUCCAGUAUGCUGGGCCGCUCACGGCCGCUACGCUCAGAAGUUACUAAAGGAUUUGUUCUCAAAAUACACCAAUGCUUUGCGGCCUGUGGAGGACACCGAACACAUCAUCAACGUGACGCUACAGAUCACGCUGUCGCAGAUCAUCGACAUGGACGAGCGGAAUCAGAUCCUGACCACGUACCUGUGGAUCCGUCAGGUGUGGAUGGACGCCUACCUCACCUGGAAGAAGGAGGAUUACGACGGCCUGGAUAACAUCCGGAUCCCCAGCAGCUACGUCUGGAGACCUGAUAUUGUCCUGUACAACAGUGCCAAUGACGCGUUCUCCAGCUCCAUGGAGACUAACGUGGUGCUCCGUAAUGACGGACAGGUCAUGUGGGACCAACCAGCCAUCACGAAAAGCUCCUGCUCCGUGGACGUGGCGUUCUUUCCAUUCGAUGUGCAGCAGUGCCACUUCACCUUCGGCUCGUGGACUCACAACGGAAACCAGAUGGAUCUGUUCAACGCCUUGGACAGCGCCGACCUGGCCGACUUUGUUCCUAAUGUGGAGUGGGAGGUUCUUGGCAUGCCAGCCAAGAAGAAUGUAAUCCUGUACGGCUGUUGUUCUGAUCCGUACCCAGACAUUACCUUCACCCUGCACUUGAAGAGGCGUGCUUCCUUUUACAUCUUCAACCUCAUCAUCCCCUGCAUGAUGAUCUCCUUUCUGGCUCCACUGGGCUUCUACCUGCCGGCAGACUCCGGUGAGAAAGUGUCACUGGGUGUCACAGUGCUGCUGGCUCUCACUGUGUUCCAGCUGCUGGUGGCGGAGAGCAUGCCGCCCUCUGAGAGCGUCCCGCUGAUUGGGAAGUACUACAUCGCCACCAUGACAAUGGUUACUGCUUCAACAGCACUCACCAUCUUCGUGAUGAACUUCCAUCACUGUGGUCCGGAGGCUCGUCCUGUACCAGGAUGGGUCCGAUGCUUAAUCCUCAACUACCUCGCUCGCAUCUGCUUUGUCUAUGAGGUUGGUGAGAACUGCCUCGGAGGGGUAUCCGCCAGGAAACAUUCUCAGUCAAAGGAGGAGUGUGAGGUGACCCCUGCUGACAGCAGCAACCCCAGAGGAGCGAACUGUGCCGUGAAUGGAGAGGCGUGGGUCAGGAAGGAGAACGACACGGAGGCAAAGGCAGGGUGGGAUUUCUCCAACCAGGCAGAGUGUAAAGGUGAUAUAUUUGUGAGCAUCGACCAUUCUAAAGAGGACGGAGCUGCUGGAGCAGAGGGGUCACACAGCAGAAGUGGAGGAGGUGCAUACAGGGAGGAGCAGGAAGGUGGAGGUGCAGUAGGACAGGGCUGCGCUGAGGAGAAGAGCGAGGAGGAGGUGGUAAGGAGGGGCCACUGCAUUUGCCAGGGAAUGUGUUGGAAUGUGAAGCAUAUUGCAAAUUCUUACCAGGACCAGAAAGUCACACAGCUCCGCAUCGGUGAAUGGCGGAAGGUCGCCAAGGUCAUCAAUCGCUUCUUCAUGUGGCUGUUCUUCAUCAUGUUCUUCUUUAUGAGCAUCCUCAUCAUGGGAAAAGCUAUCUGAGUGAGCUCAGGCUCCUCAGCAUCACGAGAGAGAAGCAGUGGGAUGUUACAAUAAGAGAAUUUAAGUUUGUCUGUCUGAAAUAAGCCAACUGUUUAAAUAGUAUCUAAAUCCACAUGAGAUUCACAGACUUCAGGCAGCAUUUUAGUGUUUGUGUCACUCAUUCAGCUAAACAGAUGUUUGACUUCAGUCCAAAGCAAGUCAACUUCUUUUUUGAUCAGAUGUUUUGAUACAUAUCCACCUGGUAUCUUUAUUUUAACAUCUACUGGAUGAAGAACCCAACUCCCGUCUCCCGACUCUCUAGAGGCUUUGAUCAGAC